AUGGAUUUUGAUGAAAUGGUCAUGAAAACAAAUCCAAACGAAUCAGUUUCAGAUUUAAGAGAUAAAUACUUUGCUGAAUGGUUUGAGGACAAAGUAAUGUAUAAGACACCUGAUGGAAGUGCUACACACUUAGAAGUUAUAGCUAAUAAACCAUCGAGACAUGCUCGUUACUAUAAUGGGUAUUUUGUAAAUGGUUAUAAGUUUCACACUCAACAAUACGGUGAGGGUCGUGUGACGAAUAACUUUGGAGUAUGUGUGAGAGGGGAGACGUAUAAUGCCGAACAAGAGUCAGACUACUAUGGCAUAGUGCAAGAGAUCAUAGAGAUUAAGUAUUAUAGCAGCGGACCCUCGACUGUUGUACUGUUUAAUUGUAUUUGGUUUGAUAACAAAGACGGUGUAAUAGUCAACAAAAACAAGUUGAUUGAUGUCAAACCCAACUCUCGACUUCAAACUGACGACCCUUUUUGUUUGGCAUCACAAGCCGAACAAGUGUUUUAUAAACCAUACCCUUCAAUGACAAGGGAGACUAAAGAUAAGUGGGCGGUGAUCAAGACAAAACCAAGAGGAGUAUUUGAAGUUAUCGAAGCUGAAAUGGAAGCAGAUGAAAUCUUUCAGGAUGAAGAACGAUUUGAGUCACCCCUUACUGUAACUCGUGCAGAACGAUUGUGCCUAGCCUCAACUACAAAUACGUAUGAGCAAAUAUCUGACGACGAGAAUGAGAGAAUUAGGGAGGAAGACGAAGAAGUGGAAGAUUUUGAAGUCGAAGAUGAUGAAAACGAGUUGUAUUAUUCAGAAGAAGAAUUUGAAGACGAAGAUGAUGAGGACGGAUGUGAGGAGCAUUGUCUUUUGUUGAUGAUAAGAGCAUUCAUGUCGGGUAAUGGACGCAAGGAUAAAGGCCACAUUAACAACUCUUUUUCUGGUAGUGCGAGGCAUAGGGUGGGGAGGGCAUCCCCUAAUUCUACCGAAGAGCCACGUUAUAGGACGUCACUCAUACCGAUCGAUAUGCCGAUAGUGAUAGGAGUUGCAGGCUCCAACAGUCAGGGUGCUAUUAGUCAGCAAACCGGUAUGGCUGAUCCUUUAGCAGACUUGGCCGAGAUUCUUUGCCGUCGGGCUCGAGAGACGGGUCAUAUGCCCCAGCUCCCACAUACGGAUUAUAGGCCUCAGCUCCCACCAUAG